AUGAAAACUGAUGAAAGAUUUGAAGUACAAGGGGCAACAAUUCAAAAUCUAGAGAAGCAAGUGGGGCAGAUUGAAACAAUAUUAUCUGAGAGAGUUCUAGUCCAAAAAGAUGUGAAACUUGAAAAAGAAAGUGGGGAGCAGCUGAAAAUUGAUGUUGAUAAGGAGAAGAAAGGCAAGAAAGGAGUUGAGAAAAAGAAGAAGAAAGAGAACUCGAGAAGGGAGGAACUUGAUAUGUGUGCUUUACCUUUUCCUCAAAAGCUAUAUAGAGAAAAGCUGGAAAAGCAAUUUGAGAGACUUCUGGAUAUGGUGGAGCAGGUUAAUGUAAACUUACCAUUCACAGAAGUGCUCUCACAAAUGCCAGCUUAUGCUAAAUUCUUGAAGGAAAUCCUUACAAAGAAGAGGAAGAUAGAGGCGAUCUCAGUGGUCAAACUCACAGAGCAUUGUAGUGCGAUCUUGCAAAAUAAACUCCCACAAAAGUGUGGAGAUCUAGGGAGUUUAACUAUUACUUGCUCUUUAGGCACUAUUAAUUUUGAUAAGUCUUUAUGUGAUUCUGGUGCCUCAAUUAAUCUAAUGCCUCUAUCUAUUUACAGGAAACUGGAGAAUGAGAUUGGAGAAAUAAGGUCUGCACCAAUAUCUUUGCAGCUAACAGUCAAACAACUCUAA